AUGACGCGACGCUGGCGUUCCGGUGUCAUAAUGCUGGGGGGACAGAGCGCAGGCAGUAUGGUCAUGAACGGUUUGGGCAACGACUUUUUGUACUUCGGGCUCUCCGGUGACCCGCCACCGCACCUACUAGAAACCGACAGUGAGUCCGGAACGCUUCCGUACCGCGUGUCGAAAGACGGGAACUACGAGCUGGGCUGCAAAGACAGACCGCACCUGGUCACGGGGUGUGAAUUUUCUAAGCCCGGAGUAGAAUUUGUGAAGAUAAACGACGGAACAAAGUCUUCGACUGGAGGUGGC